GAGAGAGAGAGAGACAGUGUGUGUGUGUGUCUCAGCAUCCCAGAGGAAUCGGAGACGCUUUUCAGAAACUUCUCUAAGACUGGACGUGUCUCCCACCCCGGCCUGCGCUUCCAUUCCCCGGCGUCCCCACUGGCCCCUCUCCCAGCUGGGAAGCCUCGGCAGAGGACGCUGUAUUCCGCAGCGGAAUAGAAGAGAGGAGGGCCGCUUCUGCUCGUUGUCAUGAUGGCCAGCUACCCCGAGCAGGAGGACGAUGCGGGGGCCCUACUGGCACCGGAGCCAGCCACGGGCCGCCCAGGGAAAGACUCUGAACCCCGGGGACCCCGGGACUGCAAGGAGGAGCUGAGUCCAGAGAAGAGUGGCGGAGGCGGAGGGGUCCCGGAGAAACCAGACCCCUCACAGAAGCCCCCCUACUCGUACGUGGCGCUGAUCGCUAUGGCCAUCCGCGAGAGCGCGGAGAAGCGGCUCACGCUGUCCGGCAUCUACCAAUACAUCAUCGGCAAGUUUCCCUUCUACGAAAAGAACAAGAAGGGCUGGCAGAACAGCAUCCGCCACAACCUGAGCCUCAACGAAUGCUUCAUCAAGGUGCCUCGAGAGGGCGGCGGCGAGAGGAAGGGCAACUACUGGACGCUGGACCCGGCCUGCGAGGACAUGUUCGAAAAGGGCAAUUACCGCCGCCGCCGGCGCAUGAAACGGCCCUUCCGCCCACCGCCCGCUCACUUCCAGCCCGGCAAGGGCCUCUUCGGUCCCGGCGGUGCGGGGGGCGGCGGGACGGGGGGCAGCGAUGGUUAUGGCUAUCUGGCUCCUCCCAAGUACCUGCAGUCCGGCUUCCUCAACAACUCGUGGCCCCUGACACAGCCGCCCUCGCCCAUGCCCUACGCGUCCUGCCAGAUGGCAGCGGCGGCAGCGGCUGCUGCUGCGGCUGCUGCGGCGGCGGCCGCCAGCCCUGGCAGCCCGGGAGGAGUAAAGGGUCUCCCCGGGGCCCCGGCCUCCUACGGGCCCUACUCCCGGGUGCAGGGUAUGGCGCUGCCCGGUGUAGUGAACUCUUACAACGGCAUGGCGGGCCACCAUCCAGCGCCUCACCCCCACCCUCAUGCGCACCACCCCCACGCCCACCACCUGCACCCGGCUGCGGCCGCGGCUCACCACCCGCCCCACCACCCGGCCGCCGCGCCCCCGGCCCAGCUGAGCCCCGCCAGUCCCACCGCCGCCGCGCCCCCGGCCCCCGCUCCCGCCCAGGCCAAUGCAACUGGUCCCCCGCCUGGCCUCCAGUUUGCCUGCGCCCGCCAGCCUGACUUAUCCAUGAUGCACUGCUCCUAUUGGGACCACGACAGCAAACACAGCGCCCUACACUCACGGAUAGACAUCUGAGGGAGGGACAGAGGAGGGCAGGAAGAAAAGAAAGGAGAAAGCAGAGCCCGCAGCCGAGAUCCCAAGCAUUGGCGCCAGAAUCAGUCUACCCUUCUCAUCCGCUAGCCAAAGGGGCCCAGCUAAACCAAUCUCCAGAAAUGGACUGCAAGACGUUCCCUUGCUGUUUUUGCCUUUUCUCGAGUUUCGGUCUCUCUCUACUCUUUCUCCUUCUCUUCUUUUCUCCCUAUUUCUCCUCUU